GAGACUAGGAUCUGUAAAGUCUCUGACUCUCAGCACCAAAGGAACCAGAAGAGUUAAAACUUGAGGCUGUCUGCUUUAUGCACUAACACUAUUUUCUCCUUUGAGCUAAUGGAAAAGGAGACUGCAUAAGGGCCAGGACUGUGGGGGGUCAGGAAGGAGGAAUGUCUGACUCCCAUAAACUCACAACCAAAGAGUUUGGGAUGCAGUGAUUCCUUCCCUACUCUUAACACUGACUAUGGUGUGAAAUGCAGUGAGGAGAAUUAGAAAAGGAAGGUAAGGAUAUGUAGCCAGAAGGAACACUCAUGGUUUUCUCUCCAAGGUGGGAACCCUGUGUCUGGUUGAGAGAGGGAAGCAGAAUGAAUAGAGACAAAGGGGGACAGGAGAGUUCCUGUCUCUCAGUCUGAGGCAGUGGGCACAGGUUGUACUUCCGGCUCUCAGAAGGUCUGAGAGUCACUGGACAGCCAAUUCAGGGCUCCAUCUCCUCAUCUCCCAAGUGGGGACUGGAUUCUUGCUGCCCACACUCAACAGAGUCUACCCUGGAUCAGCCCAGGGGAGGUGAGAUAUAGCCACAGACACACUGUCAAUAGCUUGGUGGUGGGGCAUAGAUAAGAGAAGAAAGGCAAAAAGGAGAGUAUUCAUGCACUGGCUCAUAUUUGAGAUCUGUUUUCCAUUAGCUAUGCUUGUGCCAUAACCUGUCUAUGUAUUUUGUCCCUUGUUUCCAUAGACAGCUCCCCAGAAGAAAAUGCCUCUAAGAAACAGCUCCUUGGUGACUAAGUUUAUCCUUGUGGGAUUAUCACAACAAAAAGAACUCCAGCUCCCCCUGUUCCUCUUGUUCUUAGGGAUAUAUGUCUUGACUGUGGUAGGCAACCUGGGCUUGAUCACCUUAAUUGGGCUGAAUACUAGCCUUCACACUCCAAUGUACUUUUUCCUCUUCAACUUGUCUUUUAUAGAUCUCUGUUAUUCUUGUGUGUUUACCCCCAAAAUGCUAAAUGAUUUUGUGUCAGAAAAUAUCAUUUCUUAUGUGGGAUGCAUGACACAACUAUUUUUCUUUUGUUUCUUUGUCAAUUCUGAGUGCUAUGUAUUGGUAUCGAUGGCCUAUGAUCGCUAUGUGGCCAUCUGCAACCCUCUGCUGUACAUGGUCACCAUGUCCCCUCAGAUCUGUUCUCUGCUGAUGGUUGGUUCAUAUGUCAUAGGGUUUGCUGGGGCCAUGGCCCAUGCUGGAGGCAUGCUGAGACUGACCUUCUGUGAUUCCAACAUCAUUGACCAUUAUCUGUGUGAAGUCCUCCCUCUCCUGCAGCUCUCCUGCACCAGCACCCACGUCAAUGAGCUGGUGUUUUUUAUUGCUGUUGGAGUGGUCAUCACCUUAUCCAGUAUCAGCAUCUUCAUCUCUUAUACUUUGAUUCUCUCUAAUAUCUUCCGUAUUCCCUCUGCUGAGGGCAGGUCUAAAGCCUUUGGCACAUGUGGCUCCCACAUAGUUGCUGUGGUUCUGUUUUUUGGAUCAGGGGCAUUUACUUAUUUAACAAAUUCUUUUUCUGGAUCUAUGGACCAGGGUAAAUUUGCUUCAGUCUUCUACACCAAUGUGAUUCCCAUGCUUAACCCUCUGAUCUACAGCUUGAGGAAUAAGGAUGUUAAACUUGCUGAAGAGAGUGCUCUUCUGAUGAUUUUGUUUGUAUCAAUUAUUUACUGGUAA